AUGACGCUCAAACAAUUCAAACGUAAUGAGAUCGCAGAGCGCAAGACUAAAAAUGACGCAGUGUUUGUUAUUGAUAAUGAAGUAUACGACGUGACCAAGUUCAUGGACGACCACCCGGGCGGGCACGAGGUGCUGCUGAACGCGGCGGGCCAGGACGCCAGCGAAGACUUCCACGACAUCGGCCAUAGCCUCGACGCCAAGGAGCUUAUGAAGAAGUUCCUCAUCGGGGAGGUCGUGCCCGAAGACAGGAUCGAGUCUAAAAGGGAGAAGAACAUUUGGAAUGUGGAGGGAUCUGACAGCGACGGCGGCAGCUUCUUCACAUCGUGGAAGUUCCCGGUGGUACUGGGCCUGCUCACCACUGUGCUCUACACUUACUUGUUCGGU